AUGGAGACCUCGUCACCACGGACGCCGCAGCAGCAGCGGCUGGAGGGCGUUGGCAGCACAAUUGUUGUGGGGCGCAAGGUGGGUCCGCGGGCGGUGGCGGGCUUCCUGGCCUGGGCCGACUUUGACAACCCCACCAAGUGGUGUCGGCGGUUCUUCGUCCUCCACGACGGCUGGCUCUACCGCUUCCCCAACGCCAACAUCAAAGCGAGGCCAGAAGUGGCGCUGUCGGUGAAUGGCGGCAUCAUCGAUACGCCGGACACGCACCCGAUCGUUGCGGCGUCACAGAUGAACCUCUUCCGCAUCACCACCCGAGGUGUUCUAUUUCCUCGCCGAGACGGAGGCCGAGAUGGUGAUGUGGGUCAAGCCGCUCAUCGCGGCCUCGAUGGCCGACUACGCGCCCGCGGCCUCGCCCCGCGACAGCGCCGCAUCGAUGUCAUCAGCCGCUGCGCCGGCGGCCGCGCAGGCCUCCGCGUCGACCUCGGCGCCCACGAUCCCUGCGCCCGCGCAGACGAAAAGAUUGCCGCAGUUGUCGCUACGGCCACCGGCGCAGUCGCUCUCGUCACCGUCACCGUCACCGUCACCGUCGUCGUUACCGUCGCCCCGAGCGUUGGGGAUGGGGACCAGCUCGUGAGCCCUCGCACCGGUUGGAAGAAGGCCAUGUCGGGAUCCACUCUCUCCCUCCCACCGAAUGACAAUUCAGAGAGAGCCGAGGCAAAGCUUAAGGCGCUCCAGCUCCGGGCGACGGCCAGAGACGUCGUCAGGUUGCAGGCCAUCGUACGCGGCCGGAUCGCCCGCAAGCGAUACGCCGUGAUCAAGGAGAUGGCGCGGAAGCGACGGAGCGUGGCCGAGGAGAUCGCGCAGACGGAGAAGAACUACGUGUCGCUGCUGCUCACCACAAUCGAAGUCAUCUUUGAGCCGCUGCAGAAGCUCAACGCCCGGCUCGACACAGCGCAGUCGGACCAACCUCGUUUGAAACUCCUGUACAAGAUGCACGCGCGCUUCUCGGACGCCUUGAAUGCGGCCGUGGCCCCCUACGCCCACUACCGGCAGAUCGGUGCCAUCUUCAACGAGUUUAGGUACGUGGUCAACUACGAGACCGCGGUGAAGAACUACCACGAAUCGCUCGCCUGCCACACCUAUAAGAGCUUUUUCGAUGUGGCCAUCACGCACUACCGCUGCAACGCUCUCGACUUCUGUUCGCUGCUCAUUGGUCCCGUGCAAAGGAUUACACGCUACGUGCUUCUGCUGAAGGAGCUGUCCAAAUACACGUGGACCGAGCACCCCGACCACGACCAGCUCAAGCUGGCCACGGCCAGCAUCGCACAGAUUGCCGAAGAGGUGAAUGAGGCGAAGCGCAAGGCCGAGGGAAUACAGCGCACGCUGAGCAUCCAGACCAAGCUCGACGAUCGCAAGAUCGGGCGCGGCCUCGCGGCGCGACGCUACAUUCGCGAGGGCAUUCUCUCGCAGAUCGUAAAGGGACAGCAGCCCCGUGAGCGCUACGUGUUCCUGUUUUCCGACCAGCUCAUCAGCUCGCUCAAGAAGACGGUCCGCAUGGGCCUCAACAACACCACUGUCCGUUUCUCUUCCAAGGGGGCGAUAUCGCUGCUCAACACGGUGGUGGUCAGGUCCAAGAAGGACGACGCGGUCUUCAAGCUGCGGAGUACGCUGCCCGGCCGGUCGGCCCAGACGACGACCAAGUGGCGGGCCAACAGCCAGCGCGAGUGCGACUCCUGGGUCCAGGACAUCAGCCUGCUCCUCGCCGAGCUGAAGCACCUGUAA